UUUUUGUUUACCUUUUAUAUCGCUCCAAAAGCUCUGACCUCGAUCAAUAUUUUAUUAUAAUUCAUUCAUCAGCAUAAAUAUUUCGACCGCUCCAGAUUUUAAAUUUUCAAAAAUUAAAAAACUUUCAAAUCUUUUAAAAAUAAAUCUCAUUUUUGCCGCCGCUAAUCAACAAAAACUACAAUUUUCCUUGAAAAUCGCUCUGAUGAUAUUCUGAAAAAAAGCCACAGCAAAAAUUGUCUUCUGGAGCAGUUUAAUUAUUUCUUUACUAAACAUCUACACUAACAUUAAUUUCCAAAAUGUGGCAGAAACUUCAGCAGUUUGUUAUGAGCUCUGGAAUUGAUUUGGCAGCAUUAGGUUUAGCAUCAGGUAUCAUUGUCAGCAUGCUCCCUAAGACCGUUUUCAUUAAGAAGUUGAGAGAGGCGGAACAUUACGUGAAGGAAGAUGGCGAAGAACGAAAGAUCAGUAAGGAGAAUUCAAAUUUGAUACAAAAUAUCCUAAAAAAGUUUGACCUUCACCCGAUCGAACACAAUAACAUCACAUUCUUCACAAGCUCUCUAAGCGACCCCACAUGCUAUGGCUCAGUGAAAGCAAAAUUUGGCGCCCUAAUUGGCCUACCUGUGACUAUUGACUACGAUGAAUCGAGUCGAUUAGGGAAAGAAAGUUUAUCAUUUGGGGGAAUCCGAUUGGAUUUGAAUAAAAGUAAUAGUGAUGUUGCUACGCAGCUGGCUGAAUCUUUGCUUCUUUCUGACAAGGCUAAAGCUUUUGUCAUAGCUAGACAGUUGAGUUACGUGUCGACAUACAACCUCCACACCGAAGUAGCCUUGAAAUCUGUCAUGGCAGCCUGCAUCAUAUACUCCAUGCACUACGUUAAGAAACAUUACAGAGAAUUCAUAGAAAAAUUAAGACCAUUACCAUAUUUUUUGCUGGGUUGUACCAUUUUAUCAGGCUGGGGGGUGCUCUACAUUGGCCUCAAGGAUGCCAGAAAGUGCAGAAUGGACUAUGUUGCCGAUAGGAAGGCCGCAUUAUUAGGUAGGGAGCUGGCGGAGGGAGGCGUGGAAUACUACGAGAGCCUCUUACGAAGAAACAAAUCCCUCAGAAUCCUCACAAAAUCCGGUCCCUCGAAGUUUACGGCCUUCGGAAAUGAGGCCACCCUUUUAAGACAAAAUGGACUUCAAAUCACAACACGUAGGGACAAUUUGCUCAAGUUGUUGGACACUUAUAAUAAGGUAGAGGGUGAAAAAGAGUCCGGGUCGAAAUGGGCUGACGGUGCCUCUAUUUCUAAAGAUAAAAUUUAACUUCUGGAGUUAAUUUGUGUUUCAAUUUCAUCUCUUAACUGGAUGGUGUUUCGAGUUUUGUUUUUUUGCCGAAGUAUUAACGAAAUUUCUGCUAGGAACCGCGUGAGCGUCGAAUUGAUGCUGUAACAUUCUUAACUAUCGAUUGGCGUGUUGCUAUUUUGUCAUGAGUGGUGUUCGUUUUGGAAUUAUGCCGAAUAUAAUUUCUAAACACAGA